CUCCAAGGUGGGACGGAGUCCGUGGCCCCGCCCCCACCACGAAACCCCGCCCCUCCGACCUGCAGUUCCUUCUCCGAAGAGCCUCGCCGUUGCUCGAUUUGGAGCUCCGCCCUCACUCAUGGCCCCGCCCUCCCCCGGAGCUCCGCCUUCUCCGUGGGGCCCUGCCCCUAAAGCCCCGCCCAGCGGGGUUCCCUGCGCGCCCGGUGAGACGCGGCGCAGCUUGUGCGGUGCCUGCUUCCCAGGGGAGCCUAGGGCUCCGACUAUGUUGCGCAGGCUGGGCUGUGUGCUGUUCUGCACUCUUGUGGUUCUGCUGCUCGGCUGCCUGCUCUUUCUGAAGGAGCGAACACCAGCAGGCAGCUCUGAGGCCCACCAGCACUUCUUGGCACCGCCAAGGCCCCACCACAGCCAGUGCUCACCCAACCUAACAGUUGUUAACACCUCCCUGUCCCUGCCCAGCCGUCAUCGCCUCUUCUUAACCUAUCGUCAUUGCCGAAACUUCUCCAUCUUGCUGGAGCCUUCGGAGUGUGCCAGGGACAUCUUCCUGCUCCUGGUCAUCAAGUCUCAGCCGGCUCAUAUUGAACAGCGUGCAGCCAUUCGGAGCACUUGGGGCCGGGGUGGGAGCUGGGCUAGAGGCCGGCAACUGAAGCUGGUGUUCCUCCUGGGGGUGGCAGGACCUGUGCCCCCAGCCCAGCUGCUGGCCUAUGAGAGUUGGCAGUUCGAUGACAUCCUACAGUGGGACUUCGCUGAGGACUUCUUCAAUCUGACCCUCAAGGAGCUGCAUGUGCAGCGCUGGAUAGCCGCUGCCUGCACACAGGCCCACUUCAUACUAAAGGGGGACGAUGAUGUCUUUAUCCAUGUUCCCAAUGUGCUUGAGUUCUUGGAGGGCUGGGAUCCAGCCCAGGACCUCCUGGUGGGAGAUGUCAUCCGCCUGGCUCGGCCCAACAGGAACACCAAAGUUAAAUAUUUCAUCCCGUUUUCCAUGUACAGGGCCCGCCACUAUCCACCUUAUGCAGGAGGUGGAGGCUAUGUUAUGUCCCAGGCCACUGUGAGGCAUCUUCACACAGCCAUGGAGGAGGCAGAACUCUUCCCCAUUGAUGAUGUCUUUGUGGGGAUGUGCCUGAGGAAGCUGGGGGUGACUCCCAUACACCAUGCUGGCUUCAAGACAUUUGGAAUCCAACAGCCCCUCAACCCCAGGGACCCCUGUCUGUACAGAGGGCUCCUGCUGGUGCACCGUCUCAGCCCCCUGGAGAUGUGGACCAUGUGGGCACUGGUGACAGAUGAGAGGCUGGAGUGUGCAGCUCGCAAACCCUAGCCAUGAGGCGUGGGCUGAGCAAAGCUUUAGUGAUUGAACUCCUGUCACCAGGAGAGACUACUGAAAACUGGUCCCUGCAGGUCAGCAGAAGUGAUCUAUUUUUAUAAUGCCACCAACCUUAAUUGAUUAAAACUCUUCCAGCCUGGAAAAUUUGUCCAGCAUGUGCUGAAAUGGGAGUGUGUGCUGCCAGGAGCCUUAGGAGAAUCCAGGGCCCUAUAACUCCCACCGCCUUGGCCAUGAAGGAAAGACGCUGCACGACAGCCCAGAAGACUUUUUUUUUUUUUUAAUGCAAACACCAAACUUCUCUUCCUUUGGAUACAGCAGAGAAAUUCAAAAAAGGAACGAACAAGAAGCACGUGUUGGAGAAGGUGCUGUGGGGAGCACCAGGGGAACUGUUCACACUGAGUAACGCCUUAGCUGAGCUGUGCUCACAGGGAGAAAGGACAUUAUAAACACAAAGAAAUGUUACAAACCAGACAAGCUUCCCUGUGGAGGAGCAAGCAGUAAUUCAUACUUGAACAUCUGAGUAACAGUAAAAACUGGAGUUAAACAGCUAUUGAACUUAAGGGUGUGGCAGAAAAGGCCCCUCCUCCAUUGGCCCCGGUUGGUGAAGUGCUUUGGGAGUGAGGUAAAAGAUCAAGAGAGAAGCUGUGUGAGGGACAGUGCAGAGCCAGGCCCAGAGAGGCUGCGAGCAGAGAGAAGGGGCCAGGCGCAGCUCGCAAAGGCUCUGGUCUGACUGUCAAUGGCAGAACCGGUCAGCUUCUGCAGUUGGGACGUCACUGGGUGGAUGUCAUGCACCUGCUUUCCCCACAGAGUGGAUGGACAGGGCACUGGGCUCGAGCCCUCAAUCUUCUCGUAGGUAGGCCUCCUCUUCCUGGUCCGCUGCCUCAUCGCUCGCUUCCUGUGUUUUCUGGCGCAGCUCUUGUGUCUGCACUUCUGCCAGCUUGGUUUCCGCCUUCUGGGAGAGCUGGCGCACCUCCUGCACCUGCGACUUCACCAACUGGAUGUGAUUCCUGGCGGUUAUAGAGGCCUGAUCUGCUCCUGUCAAAAGAGGACAUUUGUACUGAGCGCCACAGCAAGGACAGAAGUCACACACGAAGGCCUGAAGCUGGCAGCUCGGCUCUCGUGUGGUCACCUUCCUGACCCUCUGGCUUCUGAGUUGAGGUUUGCAUCUUAUUUCUUUUGAGGUGGGGUACUGGGUGCUGGAGAGCUGUGUGGUCAUGAGUGCGUGCUAUUCCAGAGGCUGGGGAGUGCCAUUAGGUGGCUCACAGCUACCUUUACAACUCAAGCUGCAGGGGAUCUGAUGCCCUAGACUCUGGGGACGCCUGCACUCAUAGGCUCUGAAUUGUUCAGACAAAAAACUGUGGUCUCCCUAUACAUCCCAAGCUGGCCUUGAAUUUCCGCCUGCCUCAGCCCUAAGGGCCACAGCACGCCCAGGUGAGGCUAAUUCGCACACGCUGGUGUGGCUGUGCUCAGCUGUCACUGCAUCUGACUUACAGCUCUAGUUGGGAGCCAGUCAGACUCGACUGUUAGUUUCGAGCCACCUGGGACCAGUUUGGUGUCUGUGCUGUUGGUGUCACAGAUUCUGCUACAGGCUCGUCAGGACUGAGCCUGGGCUGGUUAGGUCAGCGAGGCGAGCCCUCAGGAGAUGAGGGACCCAGCCCCGUGGAUGCACUGCAGGUGGGUGCUGGACAUCCGAACAACGCGCAUGUUACAGACUGAGCCACUCCAACCUGGAAUUUUUGUUUUUGAAUAUCUAACUCUUCCCUCAAAAUAACUGGGCGUGGUGUCCAUCACAUCCAUAGGCUCCUCAGCCUAUCUGGAAUGUUGAUGGGGUGGCUGGUCUUUGGAGGGAUGAUGCUCAUACUUAACACUUUCCUCCUAAGGGAGAAACCAAA